AUGGCUCCCGGCAGAACAACGUACUGCGAGAGGGCAGAAAGCUUCGACAACAAAGGCUCUCCUCUCAUGAGCGACAUUCUUUCACCACUGUUUUCUCUGCUUCCUGCUUCGGUUCUUCUUCGUCAAAAUCGGCAGCUCGGCGCUCUGGGGUUUCUUCUCGAUUCCUUCAAUCCUUCUUCGUCUUGCGAUUUGCGAAUCUCAAUCACGGGAAGGAAGGAGAGAGAGGGCGGGCGGGGAUGA